AUGUGGCAUGUAACUGAUUCUGCGUGGCCAAACCAUGUGUUUGUUGUCUUUGAAGAUACGUCGAAGCCCACACGUGCUGGUGCAGACGCCCCUGCAGAAGCUGCAUCUGCGACGCCAGGGCUGCGCCGCUGGCAUGCCCACGUACUCAGUGCUGAAAUUCAUACGUUGCUGCGCCAAUCGAGUCUACCUGGGCCGCUGGGAUCGCCCGCUGGUACACCAGGCCCUGGUGCAUGGAUCCAGCGAGGUGCGCAAGUCCUGCUGGACGGAUUCUCAUUCCGUGUCAAGCUAGGCGCACAUUCACAGAUGCGUCGCGGUGCUCUCGAUGCUGUGGGUGAGCAGGAGGAGUGCAUUCUUAGCAUUGGGAAUGUGAUUGUCGGAUCUGACCGGAUUGCUGGCGGCAUUGUCGAGAUACAAUACCUUCCACUGACAAGACUUGCCCCCGAUUCUACUCUUCUGGGAUCUAUCCUUACUAUGCUGCUUCCACCAGACAUUGUUCACUUACUAGUCCCUCCAUCUGCGCCACCUAUGCCCCUCUCCCUCCCUACAAUGGCCUUGCCCACUAUGAUAUCGCCCACCCAGCUCGCCGAAAUCGUGCCCGCGAGUGGCACUUCAUCUUCGGCUUCUUUCACGCCUGGAGCGCCUGGAUUUGAUCCUUGGGAAGAUGAGGUCAAUACUGACUCUAUUGGAUGGUCUGGUGUUGAGAUGCGCCGGCGCAUGGCCUAUGUUCAUCUUGUCAUGCUUCGUGCCGAAGGCCUUGCAUAA